AACUGUCUUAUAUUUUAUAAGAAAUCAAUUAAAAACUGCGAAGCAAAAUUGAGAAAAAGCUAUAGUCGAACAGGCAACAUGAGCAACAUGUCCGAUGAUCUCUGCCAGUUCUGCGUGGGACUGCGAACCUUUGUGAAGAACACGCUCUACGUGGACGCUUAUUUGAUAAUGUUGGCCAUGCCGCAGUGGAUGGUAUUAUCGAUGUUCGCAUCGAACGACUAUUUAAUUUACACGCUGCUCUGUUUCGUUGGAUCAUUUUUGAUGCUGAGCGUAAUACAGAAGAGCGACACACUGAAAUACGCCUGGCCCUGGAGCUGGCUGGCGAUUGGCCUGUGCUACGAACUGACGACCAUAGGAUUGGGCACAUUCCUGAUGAAUGUCAAUUUUCAGCAUACGAUGACCUUGGUCUCAGCAUCGGUAUUGACCUGUGGCUGCGUCUUGGUGUUGUGCUUUUUUGUCAUUAGCGCUUACAUUUUUCCGAAUCCCUAUAAGCUGGCUGGGCUGGCCGUAUUGGGCCUGUUACAGGUGUUUGUUCUAUUGGCCGUGUGCACGAUAUGCUUUUUGCCAUUUCUGAUAGAUCUGGCCCUGUUGCUGUUCGUGCUGAGCGUACUGAUCCUAAUGGUAUCUGUGGUGUUAAUAUCUUAUAGUAAUCAUGAUAUACUGAUACGGGACGACGCGUUGAUGAUGGGCUUUGUGCUCUAUGUGAACUAUGUGUUUAUAUUGUUGGCCUGUUUCAUAUGCUAUCAACGCAUCUACAGCAACUUUAACGGCAGCCCCAGCCUCGGCUCCAGCCUCAGCUCCAAUGCUAGCAAUACAGAGGCCGCCUCACCUAAUGCCCGUUGACGUGCUGGCAUGCAAGGCUGCGGCUCAAUAACGAAUCGCAGACGCCCACCAAUUGCCUCCAACCAUAUACAUCUAUAAUCUAUAGAUACACACACACACACACACACACACACAUU